AUGUCGCUCAUCUUCUCCGAGUCCGAGAUCAAGAUGCUCUCUCGCGCCUGGCUCUGCGUCGACGGCGGCAUGCCCAAGAUCGACUACGACCGACUCGCCCAGGAGUGCGGCUUGGCCAAGUCGUCCGCCAACGUCCUCUGGAACAAGCUGCGUCGUAAGCUGGAGUCUGCCAAUGAGAAUGGCGGCGCGACUGCUGCUGGCGGUGACGGGGAUGCUGCUGCUACGCCCAAGAAGAAGACGCCCAAGAAGAAGACGCCCAAGAAGGAGGCUGAUGGUACGGACGCCACGCCCAAGAAGCGCGGCCGCAAGUCCAAGGCCGAGAUGGCUGCUAUCGCCGCUGCUGCUGAGAAUGGAGAUGAGGAUGACGAGGAGAUGGGCAGCGCGAAGAAGAAGGUCAAGGAGGAGGAGGGCACGGGGCUCAUCGAGGCGGACAGCGACGAUGAGGCUUGA